AUGUUUGAAGCUAGACAUGAGAAAACCCAGCAAAACAAUCACGACAGGUCGGCUAGCGUAGAAGACACUAAUUCGACAGUUGAACCAUAUAUUCUGAAUCCAUACACUGAAAGUGAAUCAGGAUCAAGCUUCUCAGGCGAAUAUGAAGAGGACCUUGUAGAGAAGAACCCCUUCAAAAGAUUUUAUAAUUCUUUCAAACCUUAUGAUUAUACAAACCUCCCAGUCGAAUAUUUCACCCACAAUGAAGAGAUCUUAAUUAACGCCCAAUCUCAGUCACCGCAAUCUCCACUUUUACAAGCAGCCAUUAGUUCACCUACAGGGAGGCAACCAGCUGAAUUACAUCCAAGUCACCCACAUUUUGAUUAUAGUAGACUCACUGAGUUGGAAAGAGCCGCAAUCGUGACAUCUACUUCUCCUUUAUCGAAGUCUUUAAAGAGUAGACAUCUCCAAAUGAUCGCUAUCGGUGGUGCUAUCGGAACCGGUUUAUUUAUCAGUUCGGGUGAGUCCUUGGCUUCGGCUGGUCCAUUGGGACUUCUCUUGGUGUGGUUAUUUAUGUCACUGGUGAUAUAUGUGACUAUGUCUUCAUUGGCAGAAUUGUCCGUUGCCUUUCCCGUUUCUGGAGCAUUUAUCACCUUUAACACGUUGUUUAUUGAUCAAUCAUGGGGAUUUGCCAUGGCUUGGAAUUAUGCCUUGCAGUGGCUAGUAACUAUGCCUUUGGAAUUGAUAGCAGCCAGUAUAACAAUUCAAUACUGGAACACUUCAGUGAAUCCCACAGUAUUCGUUGCUGUUUUCUAUGUUGUUAUUUGUGGGAUUAAUUUAUUUGGUGUUAAAGGUUAUGGGGAAGCAGAGUAUAUUUUCAGUAUCAUGAAGGUUUGUGCAGUCAUUGGGUUCAUUAUUUUAUCAAUUAUUAUAGUCUCAGGUGGAGCCCCUCCUGAACAUAGAUAUAUCGGUGGAACCUAUUGGCAUAAACCAGAGGGUGGAUUAUUUAAUGAACACUCACCUUUUAAAAAUAUCUGUUCAAUCUUGUUCAGUGCUGCUUUUGCCUAUUCGGGAGUUGAGUUGUUUGCAUUAGCUUCUUGUGAAACAGUCAACCCUAAGAAAUCUAUUCCCAAAGCAAUUAAGCAGGUGUUUUGGAGAAUCUUAUUAUUUUACAUCUUAUCUAUUAUAAUGAUUUCAUUAUUGGUGAGUUACAAAGAUGAAAGGUUAUUGGGAAGUGGUGUUUCUGGAACUGAAGGGCAAAACAAUGUAGGUGUUAACAUUAAUACUUCACCUUUCGUUUUGGCAAUAGAAGAUGCUAAGAUCAAGGCAUUACCAUCAAUUAUGAAUGUCGUUAUCAUUAUCACUGUGUUAUCUGUUGGAAACGCUUCGGUCUAUGGUAGCUCUAGAACACUUGCAGCACUUGGUGCAUUGAAACAAGGUCCCCAGAUAUUGAAUUAUAUUGACCGUAGUGGUAGACCUAUCGUUGCGUUAUUGGUCCAGUUUGUAUUUGGGCUCUUGUGUUUCCUUGUUGGUAUUCCUGGUCAAGCUAAGACGAUCGAAGUAUUUGACUGGCUCUUAGCCUUGAGUGGAUGCUGUUCUAUAUUCACGUGGUGGUCAAUUUGUUUAUGUCAUCUCCGAUUUAGGCGAGCUUUGUCUAAAAGAGCGAGAGAGGCUAAGGAUGAAUUGGUCUACACCAGUAAUAUUUUCAAUUCAUGGUACGGACUUGUUAUGCUUAUAUUAGUGUUAGCGGCUCAGUUCUGGGCUGCUUUAUUCCCAACGGGCAACGGUGGGAAGGCAGAUGUAUCUAAUUUCUUCCAAACUUGGUUAGGUGCGUGUGUUGUGUUUGUAUCAUAUGUUGGCCAUAAGCUAUACGUUUUUACUUUCCACGGUGUUCCUUUGAACAAGUUAUGGUUGACUGCCGACGAAAUCGAUGUGGAUACCGGAAGAAGGGACAUCGAUUUGGAGCUAGUGAAGCAAGAGUUGGCGGAAGACAGAGAGAAACAGUUACAGAGGCACUGGAUUUUUAGAAUAUACAGGAUAUUCUGCUAA